AUGAAAAUUCCAACUGGUAAUAAAGAUCGAUUUGUAAAAGUUCGUCCCAUGUUUGAUUGCGUUCUAAAAAGAUGUAGAGAACUAGUAAAAGAGCGUAACCUAUCAAUCGAUGAACAGAUUGUUCCAUUCACUGGCCAUUUAAAUGUGAAACAAUAUUGCAAGGGAAAACCAAAUCCGUGGGGCAUUAAAAUUUUCAUGUUGUGUGGCGCCAGUGGCGUAAUUUAUGAUUUUAUUAUCUAUCAAGGCAGCGAGACCGAAUUUUGUCCUCGAUUUAAAAAUAAAUUUGGUUUAGGCGCUUCAGUUGUUCUACAACUAACAGAACAUAUCGAAGAAAAUAAGCACUUUUUAUUCUUCGAUAAUUAUUUUGCUAGUUAUAAUUUGUUCGAAGUAUUGUUGCAACGGAAAAUAUUUGCAGCAUCAACCAUACGAGUGGAUAGAUUUUCAAAGCCCCCGUUUUUGAACGAUAAAGUGCUUGCUUCCACAGGGAAAGGGGCAACACAUGAAAUUCGCAAUGACGAAAAUACUAUCGCACUGUUAAAAUGGUAUGACAGUAAAUCGGUUCACAUUGCAUCAAAUUUUAUUGCAUCUGGAAAUGUAGACAAUGUCGAACACGGUGGGAUAAAAAAUCAAAAAAAUAUGAUACAGUUGAACGUCCAGAAGUAA